AUGGCAGAACAACAAGCAAACGUCGAACAAAUUGCUAAUUUGGAGACAGCAAAAGCAGCGUUAAAUGCAGAAAUUGCUCAGCUUCAACAAACCAAAGCUAAUAUAACGGGCGAGAUUGAUGGACUCAAUAAGACGAAAGAAGCAACAACCUCUGAAAUCAACACGUUGCAAACAAAUAAAUGUGCGAUUGAAGAGCAGAUAUCAAAUGCUAAAAAAGAACUUUUGGAAGUCGAAGAAGAAAUCAAAAAGAAAAAGACACCAGAUGAACGAGAGGCUAACAUUAUAGAACAAGAGAAUCAUUAUUUAGAGUUAAAUACAAUGUUCGAACAAUUAGUUAAACAGAACGAAGAGAAUAAAACUAUUUUUGAAGCCAAACAAACUGAACUUCAAAAAAGUUUGGAUGAGUCUAAAAUUCUAAAAGAACAUUUAGACUCUGAAAAUAAUAAAUUGGAUGUCACAAUGAAACAAACUGAAACGUUAAAAAAAGAGUAUGAAAUCAAAAUUCAAGACGCAAAAGACGCAAUUGCAAGUUAUGAAAAACAAAGAAAAAUAUAUGAAGAUCAGAACAAAUUGAUUAUUGCUGCACAGAAUGUCCUUCAAAUGCAGAUUAAAAGGGAAAAAGAAAAAUACACUGAAAACCAAAAAUUGAUCGAAAACAGUAAAAUCAUUUACCAAAAAUUCGAACAACAAAAUGAACAGCUAAAUAACUUACUUGAUAAAACAAAGGAAGAGAGAGAAUUAUUGAGUAAACAAAAAGAUGAAUUUGAAAAGAACAAUGAAGAAGUAUUCAAGAAAAGACUUGAUAAUGUUAAAAAGGAAGACGACCUCAAUCGAAGAGAAAAAACAAUCAAAUGUGCGGAACUUAAAAUCGAAAAGAUACCCGAUGUGGUCGAAGAGAUUAAAGUAGAGAAAGUAGAAAAGAAAGAAGAUGUUCCUCCUCCCCAACAACCACAAUAA